AUGGGCGGCGACCCGGGGAAGGUCAUCAAGAACAUGAAGGGCGCGGCGCAGAAGUACCUCGGCGUUGGCUUCCUGCUCGGCUUCUUCCUCGUGCUCCUCACCUACUUCACCGUGUCCGAGCAGUUCGCGAUCACGGCGCCCAACGCUGUUCGGAGGGCAUCACCGGGGCACGCGCACCCUUCGUCGUCGCCGAUCACCCCGGCCGUUGAAGAGAACAGGCAGCAGGCCCCUGUCAUAGAGGAGAAGCCACCCAAGGCAGUGCCUGCACCAGAAGAGAAGCCUCCAAAGGCAGAGCACGAGGCCCAAGAGAAUCCCCCACGCGUUGAAGUUGAAGAGCCCCACGCUGAAACAGAGGAGGACCAGCAGAAGCCUGUCUCAGGUGAUGAUGAUGGUAGGAGCAGUAGUAGUAUCGUCGGCGGCGAUGGCAUCGCCACGGAGAGCGCUCCGGCGAAGAAGCCGGCGUGCGACAUCCAGGGCCCGUGGGCGGCCGACGUGUGCGACAUCGACGGCGACGUGCGGAUCCACGGCUCCGCGGGCACCAUCCUGAUCGCGCCGUCCAUCGAGAGCGGCGGCAGCAACCCGAACCCGCAGGAGUGGCGCAUCCGCCCUUACUCCCGGAAGCACCAGGCCGGGAUCAAGGAGGUGACGGUGCGCGAGCUGGCGUCGGCCGCCGACGCGCCGGCGUGCGACGUGCGCUCCCCCGUGCCGGCGCUGGUGCUGGCCAUGGGCGGGCUGACGGGCAACUACUGGCACGACUUCAGCGACAUCAUGAUCCCGCUCUACCUCCAGGCGGCGCGGUUCAAGGGCGAGGUGCAGCUCGUCGUGGAGAACAUCCAGCCGUGGUACGUCGGCAAGUACCGUGCCAUCCUGGGGCGGCUGUCGCGGCACGCCGUCGUGGACAUGGACCGGGACGACCGCGUGCGGUGCUUCCCGGGCGCCGUGGUGGGGAUCCGCAUGCACAAGGAGUUCAGCAUCGACCCGGAGCGGGAGCCACGGGGCCACUCCAUGCCGAAGUUCACCGCGUUCCUCCGCGAGACCUUCUCCCUCCCGCGCGCCGCGCCGACGAGGCUGACGGGCGCCGACGGCGAGGAGGACGAGCGGGUGAAGCCCCGGAUGAUGAUCAUCUCGCGGCGGCACCCGCGGAAGCUGGUGAACGUUGACGACGUGGUGUCCCUGGCGCGCCGCGUCGGGUUCGAGGUCGUCAUCGGGGACCCGCCCUUCAACGUCGACGUCGGGGAGUUCGCGAAGGAGGUGAACGCCGUGGACGUGCUGGUGGGCGUGCACGGCGCCGGGCUGACCAACUCGCUGUUCCUCCCCACGGGCGCCGUGUUCAUCCAGAUCAACCCGUACGGCAAGAUGGAGCACAUCGGGGAGGUGGACUUCGGCAUCCCCGCCGUGGACAUGGGGCUCAAGUACAUCGCCUACUCCGCCGGCAUGGAGGAGAGCACGCUGGUGGACACGCUGGGGCGCGACCACCCGGCCGUCAGGGACCCGGAGUCCAUCCACCGGAGCGGGUGGGGGAAGGUGGCCGAGUACUACCUCGGGAAGCAGGACAUCCGGCUGGACCUCCAGCGGUUCGAGCCCGUGCUCCGCAAGGCCAUGCAGCUGCUCAGGGAGUAG